AUGGAGCAACAGGUUCCAUGGCUGCUACGGGCGCCCACACUCUCCGCGAGGCUUCUGAACAGCCAACAAAUCUCGCUCGAUCAGAGCGAUGUGCCGAACCUGCGUUUCUGCUACCGCUGCCCAGCGCUUGAAACACUCCACAUCGGAACUGCAACGCCAUCUCGAGAUCAUGAGCUCCAAACCCUGGUGGAUACAGACACUCUGAUCCAUUACAUGGGACAACCAAGCAUGAGGACCAUGAUACUCUGGGACAUGCACGUCGUUUUGUACGACGACAGGAGCCACUCCAAGUAUCCGCCCAUCGAGGAACUCAACAGCCUCGGCCGGCUUUCAAGCCUCGAACUGCGCCAGGUCAACAUCAACGCCGAUGCCCUCGUCAAGCUGUUCUGCACUUGCACCGAUCUCCGAGCGUUUACCCUGACGAGACCAUCCAGCAAUCGGGGUGCCCUCUUGUUGGACGAGCUCGCCAACGUUCUCCGCAACGUGUCCUCCUCCCUCACCAGCCUGACGCUCGGGUACCAUAGCGUGCACAAAUCGCCGGAGAUCACGCUUCUGCCGUCACUUCGCAACAUGAAAGCCCUCCUCCACCUCAAGAUCGAUCCGUCGAUGUACCUCGGCCGCCACUUAUGUCCCUAUCGCCUCCCCAACCACCCCGUUGUCGUCACGCGGCCCGCCUCUUCGUUUGCCGAUCUCCUCCCGGACGGCCUCCAGACGCUUACCUUGGACAUUGACAUCGAGCAAGUCAUGCGUCUGCCAGAUUACCGCCGGGACAUCAUCACCAGCAUCAUCAACGCAAGGGCGCACCUACCCAACCUCGCGGAGAUCACGCUGUUUGAGGAUGAAGCCGCCUGGGCGACAGCUACCAGCCUGUAUUCUUGCGGUCAAUGUUAUCGGCAGGGGCGGAUCUGGCGGGGCAACCCUGGCAAACGCAGUGUUGGUGAAGCGCAGGAGCGGAGGGAAUUUGUGAAGCAAAUGCGGAGAACGGAGGUGAAGCUGUUCAGAGAUAUUGGGGAUGGCGCGGGCAGGUAUGAGUGCACGGCUUGGGGGAGUGCCUGA